AUGGAGCGGUACGGUCGCGCCGGCGAAGAAGGGUCGCGGUCGGAUCCAUCACUUCAAUGGACCGCUCCAGGUACCAGACCCGGUAUCGAAGCUUCGAUGUGGCGGUUAGGGUUGCAAGGCGGUGGUGGUGAAUCGUUCCCGGAGCGACCCGAUGAGCCCGAUUGUAUCUAUUACUUACGAACCGGUGUUUGCGGGUACGGCUCGAGAUGUCGGUUCAAUCACCCACGAAACCGUGCACCGGUCUUGGGAGGUCUUAGAACAGAAGCUGGAGAGUUCCCAGAGAGAAUGGGACAACCCGUUUGUCAGCAUUUUAUGCGAACGGGAACGUGUAAAUUUGGUGCUUCUUGCAAGUAUCACCAUCCAAGACAAGGAGGAGAUGCAGAUUCUGCUACUCCUAUCUCACUAAAUUACAUGGGAUUCCCAUUACGCCCGGGUGAGAAAGAAUGCUCCUACUACAUGAGAACCGGCCAGUGUAAAUUCGGUUCCACUUGUCGAUUUAAUCACCCCGUCCCUCCCGGAGUACAAGCUCCAUCACAGCAGCAGCAACGAGCUAUUUACCCGUCUCAAACCGCUCCUUCAUCGCAGCAAUACGGAGUCGUUUUAGCCAGGCAGCCUCAGCUUCUACCAGGCUCAUACGUUCAAAGCCCUUACGGUUACAGCCAAAUGGUUCUUCCUCCUGGCAUGGUUCCAUACCCCGGCUUUAACCCUUACCAGGCUUCUGUGAGUGCAUUACCUUCGCCUGGGACUCAACAGUCUGUGGGAUCAAGCUCUGUUUAUGGGAUGGCACCGUUAUCUCCUUCAGCUCCCGCUUAUCGAUCCGGUCCAUCUUCUACCGGUCUUUCGAAUAAGGAACAGUCGUUUCCUCAGCGACCUGGACAACCUGAUUGUCAAUACUUUAUGAGAACCGGAGACUGUAAAUUCGGAUCUUCUUGCAGAUACCAUCAUCCUCUUGAAGCAGUUUCCGCAAAGGCUAUCACCCUCAGCUACAUUGGCCUCCCUCUUCGUCCCGGCGUAGCGCAAUGCACUCACUUUGCGCAACACGGGAUAUGCAAGUUUGGGCCAGCUUGCAGAUUUGACCACUCCAUGGGGUCUCCUUCACUCAGCUACAGCCCGUCAGCUUCUUCUCUCACUGACAUGCCCGUAGCGCCUUACCCUCUCGGGUCCUCAUCGCUAGGCACAUUAGCUCCAUCAUCAUCAUCAUCCUCUGACCAACGAACAGAGCUUCUCUCUUCAAGCUCCAUUAAACCAAGUACCACAACAUGUGGUGGUUCAGAAACUGUCUCUGCUGGAGUUUCUUCUUCUUCUUCUUCUAUGACUACCAGCGGUGUGAAGCUUGCUGAGACCAAAAAUGGUGACUCGGCUGGUACUGAGGCUAAGACUUCAACAAGUUAA